CCUGUUUACGGCAGCUGCAUCUCUGGGAGUGGUGGACGAAGAAGAAGAAGAAGAAGAAGAAGUUGCCAGCAUGGCGUUUACACUGUACUCUCUCAUUCAGACCGCUAUUCUGUGCACUAAUGCCAUCGCUGUGUUGCACGAGGAGAGGUUUCUCAGCAAAAUCGGCUGGGGUGUUGACCAGGGAGUUGGAGGUUUUGGGGAUGAUCCAGGAGUCAAAGCGCAGGUCCUCAAUCUCAUCCGCUCAGUGCGGACUGUCAUGAGAGUGCCUUUAAUAAUAGUGAAUUCGGCCUGCAUCGUCCUGUUGUUACUGUUUGGUUGACAGCGGUACACCGAGCGGCAAAAUGAAGCCAGAGGACCAGACAUGUGCCAAGGAACAACCACACACACACACACACACAGAAAUAUCUGUCAUUCAGAGACUUCUGCCAUUGCCAGUCAUCAGCAGGGUGGAAACGUUUUCCCAUGGCGCUGCAGAGAGUGUGUUUGUCCUAGAUAUGUUAUUCAGGACACAUGGAGAGGAAUCUGUUUCAAUGAUUUAAUGAUGUGUGUCAUAUGUUUUGUCAAGUUGUAACAAAUGAGAAAUGUGUGUCAGCAGUAAGGCUGGACAAUAUGUAAAUAUUUAUGUGUUAUUACAUUUCUAUCCAGGGCUAUAGCUAUCUCUUUUUUUUUUAAAUUGUUUUAUUUGGAGUUUCAGAAACCUGAUGAAAGUUACACAGGGUGCCUCCAAUUUGUAUUUUAGACUUCAGUAUCAUUGUGUAUUGUUUUGGCCUAAACUGUAAAAGUAUUUAAUAUUUUACCACCAGACUGGAGGAUACAACAUUGUGACCACUGGGUAGGGUUUAACAAACUAUUAAAUUAAUAAAAUGUUCCAGUUUGACUUCUCAUAACAAUGCAGUUUAAUGUGAUGGACAGCAUCUAGUCCUCUGUACCAAAGCAGAUAGCAGAAUAUACAUCUUUUUAACAUGUUGUCCAGCCUGGUCCCAACUUUUCCAGAUGAAAAGUUUUGCUCAGCAGUGAAGUGCCCGGAAAUUCUGAACUUUAAUCCUUGAUAGUUGGACAUUAUUUUAAGGAGAUUGCACCUGACAGACUGAGGGAUUCAGGGUUUCUCUGAACUUUGUCAAAGAGACUGUUACUGUAAAGUUGUUCCCUCCCUUUGUGCCUAAAGGACUUGGUGAAGACAUUUUGGUGGAUAAGAGGCAUUAUUGACUGAUAUCUGAUCAGUUGCAGUGAUGGAAAUCCAAAACCUACUUGGUGUCUCACAAGGACAAUUUACAAAACGUGCACAUGAUUAUCAUCCUCAGUUAUCUCUUCCUAUUGAUGUGUAAAAGUGUUCUGUGAUUUAUCCAUCUGUAAGAAUUUGGUUAAAUGUGUAUAAUCCAAAUUGUAAGCAAUAUUGCCAAACACAACUAAAAACAAAUGUAACUUUGUACUGUUUACACAUCAAUACCCUCCCAAUGCCACAAACAUCAUUGGGAUGGUAUGGUGUUUUGUCUUGAAAUAAAUGUAUUAGUCAUUUUAAUGAAA